CUCAUCCAUUUACAUCAUCGCCUGGCGGCUCUUAACCUAACAAGAGCUUGGAUCCAACAUGGGCAAGAUGGCAGAGAUGCAGCGCAAGCUGCUCGAGCAAAUGAUGGGCCCCGAGGCGAUGGGAUUCCAGCCCCCCAACCUCGACUGGUGGAACGACAAGGUCUGCCGCGACUACCUCUUCGGCACCUGCUUGCACGACACCUUUAGCAACACGAAAAUGGACCUGGGACCAUGCCCCAAGACGCACUCAGACCGCAUUCUCAAGCAGUUCAAGGAGGCGCAGGAGGCCAACCCCAACGACCCGCGCAUCAACGCCUUCCGCCAGGAGCACGAGAACAACAUCUACCAGUUUGUUGAUGAGUGUGACCGCCGUAUCCGCGCAUCGCAGCGCAAGCUCGAGAAGACGCCCGAGGAGAACCGCAAGACGGUCGACCUGAUGAGAGAGAUUGGCGAGAUCGAGCUGUCCAUCCAGGGUGGAACCGAGGAGAUUGAGGCCCUCGGUGAGGCCGGCAAGGUCGAGGAGUCGAUGGAGAAGCUCGCGGCCGUCGACGCGCUCAAGCAGCUCAAGACGGACAAGGAGAAGGAGCUGCAGAUUCUCAACGAGAACGCCGGUGCCUCGGGCCACCAGAAGCUCCGUGUCUGUGAGAUCUGUGGUGCCAUGUUGAGUGUCCUCGACUCGGACAAGCGUCUUGCCGACCACUUUGGCGGUAAGAUGCAUCUCGGAUUCCACGAGCUCCGCAAGAUCAUGGCCGGGUGGGCCGAGCAGCGGAUGCAGGCCCGCGGACCGGGUGGUCCACCACAAGGGCCACCGCCGUCUGGCGGUGCGGCUCCCCCUCCUCGCCCGGGCGGAAUCCCUCCCUGGCCGCUUCCGGCAGCGCAUGCCCACACUGCGCCGACUGGUGCCCCUGGCCCGGCCGACUCGAUCCCCCACACGCCGACGCACCACCCCCGCGUGCCUCCUGCAGACGAGCUCCCCUCCGUCGGGCACGGCGACAAGGGCAAGCGCGAGGCUGGCGAGCUAGUCGAGGACGAGCGCCGCGAACGCGACCGCGACCGCGACAGGAGAGACUACGACCGCCGCGACCGGGACCGGUAUGACGACCGCGACCGUUACCGUGAGCGGGACAGGUACGGCGACCGCGAUGACAGGCGCCGCGACGAGGACAGGUAUGGUGACCGUCACCGGGACGACAAGUAUGGCGGCGACCGCGACCGUGAGAGGAGCCGGUAUGACGACCGGGACAGGCGCGACCGCGACCGUGAGAGGAGUGACCGGGACAAGCACGACGAUGACAGGAGACGGUCGGACAGGUCGAGGUCGCCAUCCAAGCGUCGUGUCGUGUAGUGUAUAGUAGGCGCGUAGGCGUGAGAGCGUUGAGGUGGACAUCAUGCAGCUGCAGCAUACAA